AUGGCCCUCACGAGCAGCCAAAUCUGCUCCAUGCUUUUCACUGAUGUCGGCAACGUCUUCUACAAGUGUACAUCCUGCGACAAGCAGUACAAGAAGGACAAUGGCUACACGAACCUGCUGAACCACCUGCGGCGCAACCACGACAACUACGAGCAAGAGGCCCAGGAGGCGACACGCCGCCAGAACCCGCUGCGCCUACGCCUCUACAUCGUGCUGAUUUUCGAGCUGCUAGAGAUGCGCGUCGCUCGCGAGCUCCCUGCAUCGUUCGGCCCCGUUCUGGACGGGUGGACCAGUGGUGGUCGUCACUACAUCGUGAUAUUCGCGGUAUUCGGCAGCGACAGUACCGGUAUUACCGGUGGUGGCGCUGACACCGAGUACUAUGACGAUCUCGAGUGCUCAUCGCGCCGCUUCCUGCUGUUAACAUUCGCUCCAGUAGAGGUCGAGGAAGACAUGGGUGCGCAGAGUCAGUACAACCUGAUCGCUGGCACGCUGUCUCGCUAUAACAAGCCCUGGAGCGCGGUGAAGUUCACGGUGGGAGACAACUGCUCUGUGAACCAAUGUAUCGGCCGGAAGAAAGGAGUUAUCCCCUUCAUUGGAUGUGCUAGCCACAGAUUCAAUUUGGCGGUGAAGGACUUCCUCAAGACUGAGGACGAGCUCAUUGCGAAGGUGCACACGCUGAUGACCAAGCUCCGGACGAUCAAGGGCCGCGCUCUGCUUCGCCGCAUCUCCCAUCUGUCGCCUCUGUUGAGGAACGACACCAGGUGGUCGAGCACGUCUACGCUAGCUUUGUCUGCUGUGCGCCGUCUUUUUGACCAGGUCGUGAAGGAGUACCCUGCACUCAAGUCACGACUGGCCGCAACGGCUCCGAUCGUCAACAACCCGCAUUUAGACCUCGGCCUCGUCAAGCUUCAGCGCGAAGAGGCGUUGACGGCCGCGGAACAGUCGGCGUGUGCCGAGUUUAGAUCGACGGCCCUUGAAAGGGCACCAGCGCGGGAGGACGGCAACAGUUCUAUCGUCAAGGCGGCGUUCAAGAAAAGGAAGGCACCGAGGCACUCGCAAUACGUGGACGUCGCCUACGUGCCGCCGACGUCCAACGAAUGCGAACACUUUUUUUCGGCGGCGAAGCCGGUGCUCACAGACGUGCGGAAGAGUCUCUCCCCCACCAUGCUCGAGAUGUUGAUGUGUCUGCAGUACAACCGCGACUUGUGGGACGUCAACACGGUGGAGCAGGUUCGUGCACGAAUUGGCAGCAAUUAA